AUUAGAGACAACGUUAAUAAACCUUCAUUUUGACCUCGAUCACACAUGAUGAAGAGUCACCUCGUUUUGUUGUUCUGUGGCCUUUUACAUCUGUUUCGAUGUGUUAAAGCUGUUGAUAGUCCCACAACAUCGAUCUCUCCUCCCAACACUCCGUUCUACUUAGAGGGCAUUGUGCAAUUGCACGAAGAAGUGGGUUCAUUGGAAAGCGUAAAGACAAGUGAAGGGGUGCAGGUGAGCUCAGGAACAAAUAAGCGCAAACGUACUAAAGGAAGACCAGUGGCAGACCUUUCCAAACCACUACUUAUUACGGAAAGCGAAAAAGAGAUCAUCGGUAGAAGCAAAGGUAAAUGCAAGAACGCGGGAACACCCAAGGUAAUCACCGAAGCAGAAGUGCGAAAGUAUCGAAUGCGUAGAUCUGAGAUCAAUCGACAAAAUUAUCAAAGAAGAAAGUUGAAAUGGGGUGGUUAUCCAUCCAAAAAAGCUAAAGAAAUCGUUGUAUCAACAAAACUUAUGAAAGCAGGUAAAGGAAGUAUAGAAGACAUUCAAAAAGUUUUGGAGAAUCGAGAAAGGCUUAGAUUGGCAAAUGUUGCGUGCAAAGAACGUAAGGCCGCCAAAGAGCCCUCAUCGAAUUAAUCAAUUAUCCGGCUACAUGUUUCUAUCUUUUCUGACCUUCUUUCGUUCCAGUAUUGAAUAUUGGCUUUCAUUGAAGUCAGUGUACGCAAGGCUGUGG